ACGGUGCAGAUCCGUCUCGACCCUUCUGCCGCAUUCCCGUCGCCGCCCAUCCGCCGCGGCCACGUACCGCCGCCGCUGCAGUAUAAAGAUAGCUACCGUCCCUGUCUUCGCCACCACUCGAAACACCUGCCCGACUGCGAGCGCACUGGAAGCAUCGGCCCGUACACCACACGCCACGCACCACGCGCCGACGAGGUUUCGGCUCAGGAUCGACCAUGCUCGCGGUGUUCAACAGGGAGGUAGCGCCGAGCCCGGAGGGGCUGCGGCAGCCGGGCGAGGCCGGGAACGGCGCGGAGGGGCUCGCCGACCGGUUCCGGGAGGCGCGCCCCGGCGCGGUCACCGUCAGCUUCGGCGACGCCGCGGCCAUGGCGUACUCGUCCCACGAGCAGAGCCCCUUCCUCCCCAGGUUGUUUGGUGUCGUCGACGACAUAUUCUGCCUGUUCCAAGGCGCGAUCGAGAACAUCGCUGUGCUGAAGCAGCAGUACGGGCUGAGCAAAGUUGCGAGUGAGAUCAACAUCGUCAUUGAGGCUUACAGAACCCUGAGGGACAGGGGACCUUACCCUGCAGACCAAGUCGUCAGAGAUUUCAAUGGGAAAUUCGCGUUUGCGCUGUAUGAUCGCUCCACCACUUCGGUCUUCAUGGCUGCUGAUGCUGAUGGUGGCGUCCCAUUUUACUGGGGAGUUGACUCCGUGGGUCAUCUUGUCGUCUCUGACGAUGCUGAAAUUGUGAAGAAUGCUUGUGGAAAAUCGUUUGCGCCGUUCCCCAAAGGUUUCUUCUUCACUACGUCUGGGGGAUUGCAGAGCUACGAGCAUCCUCUGAACGAGGUCAAGCCGGUGCCAAGGGUCGACAGCAGAGGUGAAGUAUGCGGCACAACUUACGCAGUCGAUGCAGAGGCCAAGAAGGAUGUCGGCAGCAUUCCUAGAACUGGCAGUGCUGCAGAUUGGUCUUCGCAAUACUAAAUCCGCAGAUACCUUCAGAAGCAUAUGGAUCAGCCUAUAUCUAUGUUUUUGUUGCGGGAAAAAAUGUGCGCUAUAUCUAUGUUACUAGGUAAUAUCUGAGAAAACAGUUGUUUGUACAAAGUAUUGAAGAAAGGGUUAGCGUGAGGAGUUGUACAUGUAUCCAAAUAAAGUAGCAGAAAGCCUGAAGUUAUGCGAAUAUAUGUUAUGUUCACUGCAGUGAUUACAUAGCACAUUAUCCAACUUGGUUGUUUUCUGGUCC